AUGGUUGAUCAAAAAAAUAUUCUCGCAGAUAAGUUUAACAACUCUUCCUCGGUUGCAUAUCUCGCAUAUUUAGCGAACAUUUUUGAGAGUAUAAAUAUAUUAAACAAAGAAUUGAAAGGAAAGAAUAUUAAUAUCAUUUCAGCAAGAGAAAUAGUGUCAGUGUUUGGAUUAAAGCUGCAAUAUUGGAGACAGAAAGUAGAACAGAAAAAGAUAGCUUUGUUUUUGGAAGAUUGUGAAAAUAUUACUUUUGCUGACAUCAAGGAUACAAUUGUAAGACAUCUUAUCAAACUCAGAAAGCAGUUUUCAGAUUACUUUCCAGAUCUUGAUACACGUACUGUCAGAUGGACUGUAGAUCCUUUUAAAUGUGAAAUUGCUCUGAUACCAGAAGAACCUUCAGGUUUGGCAGAAGCAAUUCUUGAACUUCGAUCUAAUAUUGAAGCACGUAUUCAACUUGAGAGUAAACCAAAUCUGUCGUCUUUUUGGAUGUCAAAAGCUGCAAAGGCUUUCAUAAUUGCACAUGAAGAGGUGGUUAAAAAAUUGCUGCCAUUUCGAACAACAUAUUUGUGCGAACAAGGCUUUUCCACUCUGAUGAACAUAAAAACGAAGAACAGAAAUCCAUUAAAUGCCGAAGACUGUAUUCAAAUCGCUCUUACAUCAAAGAGUCCCAAUUUUUAA